AUGCAACUUACAGCCAUGCAAGUUCAAGCAGUAGCCUGUGAAUGGUGUGGGGGAGGUCAUGUCAGUACUGAAUGCCAAGUUGGAAAUCAAUUCAUGCAGUCCCCUGAGCAAGUGGAUUUCGUAGGGAAUCUUCAAAGACAGCAAAGUAACUCCUACCCUCAUGCCUUUAAUCCUGGAUGGUGGAAUCACCCUAAUCUUUCAUGGUCAAAUCAAAAUGUGGUGAAACCUCCUCCACAAAAUUUCGCUCAACCUGAAAAGAAAUCCAAUUUAGAGGAGCUAAUGACUAAAUUCAUAUCGAGUGCGGAAACAAGAUUUCAGAAUCAAGAGGCAUCAAUUAAGAAUUUAGAGACUCAAUUGGGGCAAUUGGCACAAAUGAUAUCCGUUAGAGUCCAAGGUGUGUUGCCUAGCAAUACAGAGGCGAAUCCAAGGGAGCAAGUGCAAGCUAUUACCUUGAGAAAUUGUAAGGAGCUGAAGGAGGUGGAAAAGAAAACACAAGAAGGAGGUAAGAAAGGUGCAACUCUAGAAACCGAAAAGGAGGAAGAGCAGUCGGAUUCAAGGGAGGAGAAAAGUCAAAAGCCACAAGUACCAUUUCCCAAUAGGCUUAAGCGACACAAAAUGGAAAAGGACUUUGGUAAGUUUCUUGAAAUUUUCAAUAGUUUACAUAUUAACAUUCUUUUUGUAGAUGCUUUAGCCCAAAUGCCACAUUAUGCAAAGUUUCUUAAGGAAAUCUUGGCGAACAAAAGGAAGUUGGGAGAAGUGGCUACAGUUGCAUUGAAUGAAGAAUGCUCAUUAAUCCUUCUCAACAAGCUACCUCAGAAACUAAAAGAUCCAAGGGGUUUUACUAUUCCUUGCACUAUAGGCAGUCUAAGGAUCAAUAAGGCAUUGUGUGAUUUAGGAGCUAGCAUAAAUUUGAUUCCCUAUUUUGUUUUUAAGAAAUUAGGGCUGGGUGAAUCCUGA